CGAGAGAGAGAGAGAGAGAGAGAGAGAGAGAGGGAGGCCCCGGCAUCAGCGAUGGGGUUCUUGGGAGUGUACACGGCCGUCUACGACUAUCAUCCUCAGGCAGAGGGGGAGUUGGAGAUUCGUGAGGGCGAUUUGUUGUAUGUGCUGGAAAAGAGCAGCGAGGAUGAUUGGUGGAAGGCGAAGAAGAAGGCCGAGCGAGAGGAUGAGGACGAGCCGGAGGGUUUAGUGCCGAAUAACUAUGUGGAAGAGGCUCAACCGGUCCACAAGGCAAGAGCGCUCUACGACUAUACUCGCCAGACCGACGAAGAGGUGUCCUUUUCCGAAGACGCAGAGCUUGCGGUGUACGACAUCUCGGAUCCAGACUGGACGCUUGUUGGCUCGGGUGCGGACUUUGGGUUUGCGCCCUCGAAUUACAUCGAGAUCGUUGAAGGCGCGGCCACGGAUGCAGCCGAAUCUCCGAUUCCUUCCCCUGUUCCCGCGCUCCCAGAACGUCCGAGAGCAGUGCCCGUGCUGCAGCAGCAGCAGCAGCAGCAGGAGGAGGAGGAGGAGGAUGUGGAAGAGGCAGCAGAAGAUGAAUACGAGCAGUCGAAGCCGGCUUCCCCGGUCAGGGAAGCUGCUCAACGGAAUCCCGCAGCUGCGGCGAUAGCGAACAUCCUCCACCGGAGCCACCCUGAACCUUCCCAGGAUGUCGCUCUGCCUCCUCGGCCAGUUGUUCAGCACGUGUCUUAUGAACCGGAAGACGACUAUGACAGUCCUCGGUCCCCUCCCCUGCCCCAAAGGCCAAGCUCUCAGUUCUCGCCGCCCCCGCGCGAUCCGUCCCCUCCGGAGCCAUCUCCGCCCCCGCGCGCCAGCUUCCCGGAUUCCAGCCCUGGUGUCCGAGCAUCGCCCCCGGAUAAUCGCGUGGGAGAGCCUUCGCCGCGUUCCCCGGCCGGGUAUCAUCUGUACAACAUCAAUGAGAUGGUGGAGGCAAUGGGCAAGAGGAAGAAGAUGCCAACCACCCUGGGUAUCAAUAUUGCGACGGGUACCAUUUUCAUCUCUCCUGAAGGCGAUGAGCGCCAGCAGGAAUGGACGGCCGACAGACUCUCGCAUUACUCGAUUGAGGGGAAACAUGUCUUCCUGGACCUCGUUCGGCCAAGCAAGAGCGUCGACUUCCAUGCCGGCGCCAAGGACACCGCCAAGGAGAUCGUGGCCGCUCUCGGGGAGAUCGCCGGCAGCUAUCGGGCAGAAGGCCUGCGAGAAGUACUUGCAGCCGGAAAAGGCGGAGCUGGCCACAAGACGGGCCAGGUGCUGUACGACUUCAUGGCCCAAGGAGAUGACGAGGUGACCGUGGCCGUCGGUGAUGAGGUUGUCAUCAUCGACGAUACCAAGUCCGAGGAGUGGUGGAUGGUGCGCCGCAUGAUGAAUGGCAAGGAGGGCGUAGUACCCAGCAGCUACAUCGAGAUCACCGGCUUCCUUUCCACCCAGCCAUCGGGACUGGAUUCGGGACUGUCGAGCGUGAGGAAAAACCAGCUGGAAGAGGAACGCUUGACGAAGGAGGCAACCCACAAAUCUAAGCACGAUUCCAUGGAUUCGCGUGAUUCUUCACAGGUAGGACCCAUACAGAAGCUGCCCGAACGACGUAGUAGUUUGAUGGCCCAAGUCGGUAAUAACACCCCGAAGCAGCAUCGUCAUCGCAAGAACGAUAGCAAGUCGAACAAUAAGACCAAACCUGAUUCUUCCAAAACUAGACAGUGGACCGACCGCACCAAGUCAUUUACCGUCGAGGCUCAAUUCAUCGGCCUUCAAGAUGGCAAGAUUCAUCUCCACAAGGUGAACGGCGUCAAGAUUGCGGUGCCUAUUGAAAAGAUGUCGGUGGAGGAUCUGGAAUACGUGGAGAAGAUGACGGGCGUAUCUUUGGACGAAGAUAAGCCCCUGUCAGAUAUCCGCCGUCGCAGCCUCCAGGACCCGAGCAAGCUGAAAUCCCGUCAGUCUGGGCAGGCCGGCGCUUCGAUCGAGCAGCCGAAGCCGCCGGAGUACGAUUGGUUUGACUUCUUCCUCAAGGCUGGCGUGGGACCGCAUCAAUGCGAACGAUAUGCGCAGAAUUUCAUCAAGGACUGGAUGGACGAGAGCGUGCUCCCUGACAUUACCCCAGAGACGCUGCGGACCCUUGGUCUGAAAGAGGGCGAUAUUCUACGCGUGAUGCGCUACCUUGACAGCAUGUACAACCGAACGGGAGCCAAGUCCAAGCUUCGGAACGUCAGCUUCGGGGGAGAAGAGGUCAUCGGCAAUGGUGAAGAAGGGGGCCUUUUCUCCGGCCCCGGCGGAGCCCUUCGCAACAACACCCGCAAGGGCAGGCCGGCACCCAACACUCCGGCCAGUGAUACGGUCGAUGCCAAAGCGUUCGAUGAUAAGAAGGAUACAGCAUCCAAGCCUGAGCAGGAGACCUCCCCACCAGCGUCGGCCGCAUCCGAAAAGCCGGUCGAACGCGGAUUCGACGAUGAUGCCUGGGAAGUCAAAAAGCCCAAACAGUCUGUUCCUCCUGCCACGCAAGCUGCUGCUGCUGCCCCAACACCGUCGCCGCCUCCUCCGGCCGCCUCGCCGGCGACCACUCAACCGCUGCCCCCGACUGGUGCCAUGGCAGACCUGUCCCUUCUCCAAACGCCGUUGCAACCGACUCCAGCUCAACCGACCCCGGUGACGCAACCUGCGCCGGCUCCUGCUCUUCCAGUGCUUCAGCCGCAACUCACGGCUAUCCCGGCGCCUCAGCCUCAGCCACAGAUUCAGCAGCCUCAGCAGACAGGCGCCACGCCGGGCUUCUUCGCGCAGGUGGGCCAGGCCUCUCAGCCUCUACAGACUCUCGCACCUCAAUCGACGGGCUUCCAACCGACCAGACAGCGUCCGCUGCCUCCCAUGCAGACCAUCGGCCAGAACUCUCUGCUCCCACCCCCUCCCCAGCGGCCACUGUCGGCUCCGCAAAACUUUGUCCAGCAGAGCCCCUUUGCGCCGCCGCCUCUGCAGCCGCAGUUGACCGGGAUUCCCCAUACGAUGCCUCAGCUUGCUGCUCCAGGCCAAAGCUUAGGCGAGCUCAAUCAGCAACGCUUCCAGCCCAUGAUCCAGCCGCAGCCGACGGGCUUUAUGGGCCAGAAUCAAUUCCAGAACGGAGUAAUGCCGCAAAUCACCGGAUAUGGACAGCAGCCAGCCUUCCAGAGCCUUGCGCCUCAACCAACCGGCUUUGUACCCAGCUACCAGCAGCCGAUGCAGACGGGGAUCAACUCGGUUCUUCCUCCCGCUCUCCAGCCGCAGCCCACGGGGGUAAAUGGCAUGCACAGCUCCCCCUUCACUUCUAUCUCGCCGCCCCCGGUGCCCCCGAUCCCCCAGCAGCCGACUGCGGCGCCACUGCAGCCCCAGAAAACGGGCCCUGCACCCCCCGUCCGAUUCGGUGUCAAGAAUGAACCGCCCAAGAAGCUCGCACCGCAGCCCACAGGUCUCAGGGCGAACCUUGCGCAAGCCACGCCUACAAACCCCUUCGGCUUCUAAUCAAUGUACAAUUUUUUGCCUUCAAUUUGGCGUAUAUAAUUUCCAACCCGCUCACCAUGCACUUCCUCCUUCUUUCCAGACAUACAUUUUUGACCACCCCCCCCCC